AUGGCGUCCCGGGGCGUCCUCCGCAGCGGCGGCGGAUCCCUGGGCCUCCUGGUCUGGCUCCUGGUCCUUCAACCUCGGCUCAGUGAGGCCCGGGCGGGCGGGGAGGGGGCGCAGGGCUGGUCGGCGCUGACCUCAGGCUCUCCACCCAUCUCGCGGGGCGGCCGCGAGGACGCCAGGGCACGCCCGUGGAAGCUGCCUCCUCGAGGGCUUCCGGGAACUUCGGGGGCCACGGAAUCCCGUAUGACUGCGGCAGCCCCCGAUUUGGUGGCGUUUACCCUAGCUGCUCUAGUGUGUGGCCAUUGGACUUCAAGGGUAGUUGGCGGAAGGCCGGCCCCAGAGAGGAAGUGGCCUUGGCAAGUCAGCCUGCAGAUCAAUGAUAAACACAUAUGCGGAGGCUCCCUCAUUGCCAGUUGGUGGGUGCUGACCGCGGCCCACUGCGUAUUUGGCCAUGUGGAAUACACAGUGAAGAUGGGAGACAUACGCUUGAUGCAUACCUCCAAAAUGGCAAUCAAGGUCCCAGUCCGAGACAUGGUUAUCCACAAAUAUUUUAAUCCUAUUGGAACAGUGGGAAAUGACGUUGCCCUUGCUCUGCUUGCCUUCCCUGUGAAUUUCUCCUCGAACAUCCAAACUGUGUGCCUCCCUGAAAAGGCUUUCAUGGUCCAAGCUGGUACAGAGUGCUGGGUGACUGGCUGGGGAAAACUAGAACCAUCACAAGCAUCUACACUACUGCUUCAGGAGGCUGAGCUAAGCAUUCUUCACUAUGAGAGAUGUAAUGAGGUGCUCAAAGAAAAGAUGGAAAGUCGAUUUGACGUGGUCAAGAAGAGGGCUAUCUGUGGUACCAGCCCCACAGGGAAGGAUGCCUGCCAGGGAGAUUCUGGGGGUCCCCUGGUCUGUCAACUUAAUGACUCAUGGGUCCAGGUGGGGAUAGUGAGCUGGGGCAUUGGCUGUGGUCGCAGAGGGUAUCCAGGAGUUUUUACAGAAGUGAGUUUCUACAAGGAUUGGGUCGUUGCUAAAAUCAAUCAGGCUUCUCAUAUAGACUCAGCAGGCUACUUCAGCCUAACGCUGUGUCUGGUGCUUCCUCUGGGCGUCCUGCCGACCCCGUGA